UUAUUGUGAAAUUCACGGUGGUGAUUCCCUCCGGCAGAAGCACUCUCCUCACGAACGCCUCGAAAAAGUUCCCACCUUUUUUUUUUACCUCCCUACUGAGAGCCAAAAAUAUUCAUCUAAAACCCUAAACAAAAGAUGACGUCGGAGAUCAUCGACAGAGAGGCAAGAAACAUCUUCAAUCUCGCUGCCAUCAGCCUCCCUCCUCCUCACGCCGUCAACGAUCUCUUAUCCAUUGGAGUAUGUGUUCGAUGCAUCUUUCGAUCGUUCGGAGCUCACGGUUCCGUUUAUUCCUGCUCUUCGCUCACGGCUCCGAUGCUUCUGUCUUUCCUUCGGGAGGAGAAGGGUUUUCACAGCGAUUCUUCAGAAAAUGGGAUUGAUUUCGAUAACGACGAUUCAUACUGUUGCGUUUGUUUAGGAAUAUUGCAGCUCGCUAGUGACAGUGACAGAGAAAUGGGGAAAUGUGAAGAGAAGGCAUCUGUAGGGGGCUUUGUUGAGAGGGUUGGUGAAGUUAUAAGAAGAGAGAAUCAUCAGAUCGAUGGGUUUUCUCUUGAAAUUUCGAUACCCCCUGUUAUAGCCGCGAAUGAGCGUGCUCUGCGGUUGUAUUUGAAGAAGAAAUAUGACUGUGAAGAGUGGUUCAAGGAUAAGUUUCCUUCAGAACAAAUUACUGUAAAGGAUGCCCUGAGGCUUUUAAUAACCAGCGCACUUGAAAAACACUUGGAUGCUAAAUCUGGAGCCAAUGAGUUUCGUAUUCGCUUUAUGUAUACUCAUUCUGAGUCAUCUGCAAAGCUUCAAUGUUUAUUGGCAAAUGGACAUGGUUGCAAGAGAAGAAAAAUUGAAGCCACUGUAGGUAUUGUUGUUGAUUUGAAUGGCAGAACUAGAAAAGAUUCAAAUGCGGUCUGCAGUGAGUCUGAUGCAGCUAUUCUUAGAGCACUUAGUAGUUUGCAAGAUCACAUGUUUAUUGAGCAGUUUAUGUUGCCACCACAAAAGGUAUCCAAACCAUGUCAAUUGACAACUACUUGCCAUAGAAUGCCUAUAUACAUUGGCGGUAGAUAUUUGAAGCUCUCUAGGAAGGUCAGCCAGUCACGGUGGAUAAUUGAUGAUGAAAGAAUGGGAGAAGCAUCGGUUGAGGAGAUAAUCGGGGACAAUGCACUUGCAAUUUGUAAAGGUGACAGUUACAAGUUUCAUGCUGCUGGAAGAGAAGACAUUGACGUUAGGAUGUUGGGAUCUGGUCGGCCAUUUCUUGUUGAAGUGUUAAAUGCUCGUUGCAUGCCAUCAACGGUUGAUGUUCAACAAGUUGCAGACACAAUAAACAACUCCCCAGAAAGAUAUGUUACAGUGCGAAAUCUUAAAGUGCUUGGCAGUGAAAUAUGGACUCUGAUGCGUGAAGGAGAGGCAGAGAAACAGAAACAGUAUUCUGCCCUUGUGUGGACUUCUCGCCCACUGACAGAGGAGGAUCUUGAUCAUAUAUCUUCUAUUGAAAAUAUGGAAAUCUUGCAAAGGACCCCUAUCAGAGUACUUCAUCGUCGUAGUCCAUUGGAGCGUAAGCGAAUCAUACAUUGGAUGAGGGUUGAGAAGAUUGCUGGAAGCUGCCAGUACUUUCUGCUGCAUCUUUGUGCUCAGGCUGGGACAUACAUCAAGGAAUUUGUUCAUGGAGAUCUUGGACGCACUCAUCCAAGCAUAGGUUUCAUAUUAGGAUGCAGAGCUGAGAUUCUGCAGCUUGAUGUCACCGAUGUGAAGAUGGACUUCUUUGACUGAGCCGCAGAACAAUUGGAUGUAUAUCACCCUCAGCAGAACGAUAGCUACAGCAAAGAUACACCUUCAGAAGCAAAUCCGCUAACUUCACUGUUGGUCAGCUGACGGGGUUUAGCCCAGCGUAUUAGUAGACCGAACGUCUGUGGAGAAGAGAUGGAUGGUGCCAGUUCGUCGCAGUUUAUAACUAGUUUAAUUCUGAUUGGUCGGCAAAUACUCUGUUUUUGCAGCCCUUUGUUUUGAUCCAUAUAUAUGACGUCUAUGUAACAUUAACCAAUUCUCACGUUUAAUAUCUCCAUAGCUGUUCGUUCAGUAUGUUACUACUAGUUUAAUUAAAACUGAUGUGAGAUGGUGUAGUGCACAAGUCAUUUACUGUCGUA